UACUCCUACAAACACACCACACACUUUUCACACCCUUCCACCGGCGCGUGAUGUACACGCGACGAAACCCAUCCUCUUUAUCUACCAACCGCUUCCCUCUCCUUCUGCAUAAUUCUCACCGCUAAAUUUCCGACGCGCCGCCGCCACCACCACCACCGCCGCCGCCAUGGCGAAGAAAGGAAUUCAGGAGACCUUCUACAUAUCCCACGGCUCACCCACGCUUUCCAUCGACGAAUCCCUCCCCGCCCGCCAUUUCCUAAAAUCAUUCCGGCAGAAGCUCCUGCCGGAAAAGCCCAAAGCCAUUCUCAUAAUCUCCGGCCACUGGGAAACCGCCUAUCCGGCGGUUUCCGCCGUCGACGGCCCCAGCGCCACCAUCUACGACUUCUACGGGUUCCCCGACCAGAUGUACCGGCUCAAGUACCCGGCUCCGGGAUCCCCCGGUCUGGCCGGCCGGGUCAGGCAGCUUCUCCACGACUCCGGUUUCGGGCGCGUGGCGGUCGAACCGGCGCGUGGGCUGGAUCACGGCGCGUGGGUUCCGCUCAUGCUUAUGUACCCCGACGCCGAUAUUCCCGUCUGCCAGCUGUCAGUUCAGACUCAAAACGACGCCGCUCACCACUUCCGGCUAGGGCAGGCGCUCCGGCCGGUGAAGGACGACGGCGUUCUUAUCGUCGGAUCCGGCGCCGCCACGCACAAUCUGCGGCGGAUGAAGCGGAACGGCGACGGUACGGUGGAGGCGUGGGCGUACGAAUUCGAUAAUUGGAUUAAGGAGGCGCUGGUGGAGGGUAGGUACGGCGAUGUGAUUGAUUACGCGGCGAAGGCGCCGCACGCGGCGGUGGCGCAUCCGCGGCCGGACCACUUCUACCCGCUCCACGUGGCGAUGGGCGCCGCCGGCGAGAAUUCCAAGGGCGAGCUCAUCCACCAUAGCUGGACCAACGGAUCGAUUUCCUACGCCUCGUAUAGGUUCGCAGAAAACGCCGAUUGAUUGAUCUACCGAUCGAUUACUGGUAAUCGGAAUCUGUUCUUGAUUCGAUCUGUGAUUGCUGCUUUGUUUAAAUGAAUUUUAGCUUGUGUUGAUUGUGCUUGUAACCUGUUCGACGUAUUGCCUGAAAGAGUUUGAUUUAUUUGAAUUGCCAGAACUAUUGUCUUGGAGAACGAACAAAAAUGGUAAUGGUAAAUAAUAUUAUUAUAUUGA